UUGUAACAGACAAUUAGUGGCCCCUAUUCAUGUGUCCCUAACUAAUAUGUUUUUACCUGGACUGGGCUGUAAAAAUCUGUGGAGACUGUUGGGUAUGAGUUAGGAACUUCAGAAUGGCUGGGUCAGGACCAUUUUUGGCAGAUGGCAAUCGGGAGUUAUUUCCCUGUGAAGUCUGUGGAAGACGCUUUGCAGCAGAUGUUCUGGAGAGGCACGGACCAAUAUGUAAGAAACUCUUCAACAAAAAGCGUAAACCUUUCAAUUCCUUGAAGCAAAGAUUACAAGGCACUGACAUUCCUACUGUGAGGAAGGCUCCUCAGUCCAAGUCUCAACCUGUGAGGAAAUCUAACUGGAGACAACAGCAUGAGGACUUCAUUAAUGCGAUCCGAUCAGCAAAGCAGUGUUCACUGGCCAUUAAAGAAGGCCGGCCCCUCCCGCCUCCACCCCCUCCAUCCGUGAACCCAGAUUAUAUUCAGUGCCCAUAUUGUAUGAGGAGGUUUAAUGAAACCGCAGCCCAGCGACAUAUUAAUUUCUGCAAGGAUCAAUCAUCUCGCCGAGUCUUUGAUCCAGCCCAGACAGCAGCCAAAUUGGCAUCCAGAGCUCAGGGUAGGGCUCAGAUGGGUCCAAAAAAAGAGCCAACUGUCACCAGUGCCGUGGGAGCUUUGCUGCAGAACAGAGCCCUGGAGGCCAUGAGUGGGAUCCCAGCCAAGUCAGGAUCAGCUAUGGACCCUGCUUCUGGAGCAAAACCCAGACAAGGAUUUAAUAAGUCUUCUAAAAAAGAUUAACUCCUAGAGGCCAGACUGGCUCCCUGAACCUCAUCAGCCUGGACGGUUGUAUACCCAGGAAAAUCAGCUAUGGGGAAGGAACAGUAGAGGUGAUGUCUGUUUACACACCUGUGACUCUUUUUGAGGCAUUACUUAGAAUAAGUAAAACUAGCUUCAAAUUUUCUCCUUAUUUGCCCCCUUCAAAAAUUUCAAAACAAAACCAUUAAAUACAUCAACCUGUAU